AUGGUCAUCUUAUCAUCAGCCAGGGUAUCCGCUCUGCCCAAGCGUCUUGUCCAAGCCAGGGGUUUAGCUACUCCUUCUUCAUUACCUAUCAAAGAUUGUACUUCAAUCACACCCCCUUAUCCUCGACUGCUCAAAACAUUGGACGAAGUCAGGAAUGUCUUGCCUAAAGGAGCCAAGUUGACUUUGGCAGAAAAGAUCUUGUAUGCUCAUCUGAGAAACCCAGAAGAGUCCCUUGGCGGUGGCGGCAAAGUGAGAGGUGAGAGGUACUUGAAGCUGAGACCUGAUCGAGUGGCCAUGCAAGACGCAUCAGCUCAAAUGGCUUUGCUUCAAUUCAUGACGUGUAGAUUACCUUCAUGUGCCGUACCUGCAUCUAUACAUUGUGAUCAUCUGAUUCAAGCUCAAACAGGAGCUGAAUCAGAUUUAUCAAGAUCAAUAGAAGCCAAUAAAGAAGUGUUCGAUUUUUUGGAAUCUGCCGCAUUGAAAUACGGAAUAGAAUUUUGGAGACCUGGUUCAGGUAUCAUUCAUCAAAUCGUAUUAGAAAAUUACGCCGCUCCUGGUUUGUUGAUGUUAGGAACGGAUAGUCAUACACCCAAUGCUGGUGGCUUGGGAAUGUUAGCUAUCGGUGUUGGAGGUGCAGAUGCUGUAGACGCUUUAACAGAUACUCCAUGGGAAUUGAAAGCUCCUUUAGUGACUGGUGUUAAGUUGACCGGUGAAUUGAAGGGCUGGGCUACACCAAAAGACUUGAUCUUGCAUUUGGCUGGUAAGCUUACCGUUAGAGGAGGUACAGGUAGAAUAAUAGAGUACUUCGGACCUGGUGUACCAGCUCAAUCGUGUACUGGUCUAGCAACUAUCGCCAAUAUGGGUGCAGAAGUAGGAGCAACCACAUCGACUUUCCCAUACUCCGACAAUAUGCGACAAUAUCUUCACGCCACAGGUCGAGGUCCAGUCGCUCAAGCUGCCGACGAUGCUGCUAAGCAAGGCUUUUUGAGUGCUGAUGAGGGCGCAGAGUACGACGAGGUUAUCGAGAUUAACCUUUCCGACCUUGAACCUCAUCUCAACGGACCCUUCACACCUGAUCUUGCCACUCCCCUCUCCUCAUUCUCUUCGUUCCUCAACGAGAACAAAUACCCCACAGCGCUUUCUUCCGCCUUGAUUGGAUCGUGUACGAAUUCGUCAUAUGAAGAUAUGUCAAGGGUAGCAUCAAUUGCUGAACAAGCUAAAGCCGCAGGAUUGAAAUCCAAAGUACCAUUUUUGGUCACACCUGGAUCAGAAUUGAUCAGAGCAACAGUUGAAAAAGAUGGUUUACAAGAUACUUUGGAAAGCGUUGGUGCGACUGUAUUGGCAAAUGCUUGUGGUCCAUGUAUCGGUCAAUGGAAAAGAGAUGAACAUAAAGGUGAAGAUAACGCCAUCUUGACUUCUUUCAACAGAAACUUCAAAGCUAGAAAUGAUGGUAAUUUAAAGACCAUGAACUUCCUUGCUUCCCCUGAAAUUGUUACUGCUAUGGCAUUCUCUGGUGAUCUGAACUUCAACCCUACUACCGAUUCUAUCCCCACACCUAACGGACCUUUCAGAUUCACCCCACCAUCAGGUGACAGAUUGCCACCAACUGGAUACUCAGCUGGUGAUUUAUCAUACGCACCUCAACCUUCACCUACACCGUCACCUUCCACCGAAAUCGCAAUCUCUCCUUCAUCAACAAGACUAGAGAUUCUCGAGCCAUUCGGCUCAAAUUUCGCCAAUGGUGGAGGUGAAUUAUCAACUAUGACAUGUUUGAUGAGAGUCAAAGGCAAAUGUACGACAGAUCAUAUAUCUGCAGCUGGAGCUUGGUUGAAAUACAAAGGUCACCUAUCAAAUAUUUCCGAGAAUACCCUGAUGACCGCCGUGAAUGAUCAAGGUGGUAAAAUCAAUAAAGCAAUAGACAUCAAUGGUGAAGAAGAUACGAUACCUAGAACUAUGCAGAAAUAUAAGCAAAGAAAUGAACCUUGGAUGUUAGUUGUGGAUGACAAUUACGGAGAGGGUUCAGCAAGAGAGCAUGCUGCUUUGCAACCUAGAUUUUACGGAGGAGCCAUGAUUGUAGCUAGAUCAUUUGCAAGAAUCCACGAGACAAAUCUGAAGAAACAAGGUAUACUCCCAUUAUGGUUCAUGGAUAAAUCCGACUAUUCAAGAAUAUCAGCACAUGAUAAAGUAUCCACAAAUGGUUUAGAAGCUGUAAUGAACGGUACUUCUUCAAGUCCAAUAAUCAAAUUGAGAGUAGAGAAACCAGAUGGAACAAUGGAGGAAAUAGAAACUAGACAUACACUCAGUGAAGACCAAAUCGAGUGGCUAAGAUACGGAAGUGCAUUAAACUACAUCGGUAAAGUAGCUAGAGACAAUGGUAAAGCUUAA